UGCCGGGGCUGAGGGCUCCAACCCCUGGAGAAGGAAGAUGCUUCAAACCAGCAACUACAGCCUGGUGCUGUUCCUGCAGUUCCUUCUGCUUUUCUACGAUCUCUUUGUCAACUCUUUCUCGGAGCUGCUCCGCACAGCCCCUGCCGUCCAACUCGUCCUCUUCAUCAUCCAGGACAUCGCUAUUCUCUUCAACGUCAUCAUCAUCUUCCUCAUGUUCUUCAACACCUUCGUCUUCCAGGCCGGGCUGGUCAACCUCCUCUUCCAUAAGUUCAAGGGGACCAUCCUGCUGUCGGCGGCCUACCUGGCGCUCAGCAUCUCCUUCCACGUCUGGGUUAUGAACCUGCGGUGGCGAGACUCCAGCCGCUUCGUGUGGACCGAAGGCCUGCAGACUCUUUUUGUUUUCCAGCGGCUGGCGGCCGUGCUCUACUGUUACUUCUACAAGAGGACGGCGGUGCACCUGGGGGACCCCCUCUUCUACCAGGACUCGCUCUGGCUGCGCAAGGAAUUUGCCCAGUUCCGCGGUUGAUGGCUCCCC